AUGUCCUCGUCUUUAUUGAUUCUUCCCGUUCUUCUCCUUGUCUGUCUUCUACAAAUCAAUGCAACACCUGCACCCGGUCCUACUAGUCAAGGACGCAACUUGAUCCAAUUCGGUAAUAUGAUCAACAAAAUCUUGGGCACAAACGCAUUGAACUACAAUGGCUAUGGCUGUUGGUGCGGAUUUGGUGGAAAAGGUGAACCUGUCGAUGGAACUGAUGCUUGUUGCAAAGCUCACGAUGAAUGUUACGAUGAGGUCAUCGCAUCUGGCUCAGGCUUUUCUUCAUGUUCACCAUACCUUAGUUUUUACGGUUGGGAUGUCGAUCCCAAAACUCUUCUUCCUUACUGCAAAGACACGCCAGGCUCAUGUGCUCAUCGCGUUUGUGAAUGUGAUCGUAUUGUUACUGAAUGCUACAAACGAAAUUCUGAUACAUUCAAUAAGUCAUUAAAAUGCCCGAAAUAA